UAGUUACAUUAGAGAAGAACUGCACUAUCCAUUUAAACGACCAUCCCGAUCCUUACAUGCCAUAAGACCCAAUGCCAACACAUGCGUCCAGCAUGCAUUUCCAGAUAUAUAAACAUAAUAGUGCACUACCACUACAAGUGUAUGAAUACUAUAAAAUAAACCAAUUUGGCCUAUAUGAAAGGUGACCUAAAUAUAUCCUCAUGUACGUACGUUCAUAUUCAGCUUGGACUUAAUACACGCAUGAUGGAACGAUGUUUGACUAAUAACACAACCAAAUCUCUAGUUUACUUGCAAGGACCAUAUACUAAGCAAAUCUUAUCAGCAUGCUACCGGUCAAUGAAUUCAAUUCAUCAUUCCUCUCCUCCUCCUCCUUCAGCAGAUCGAUAUGGUGGAGUUCAUUUAGCUAGCUUGGCCGCCGACGCGCGCCAUGGCUCCCAUCCGCCUGCUGCUGUCCCUCGCGCUCGCCACGCUUCUUUCCGUGCCCGUCGUGCCAGGUGCCGCCGCGCAGGCGCAGCAGCUGGCCACCAAAAUCACCUCGGGGACCUCGCUGCAGGCGGCCGCGGGCGCCGCCUGGCCGUCCCCGUCGGGCCGCUUCGCGUUCGGCUUCUACGGCACGGACGGGGGCCUCGCCGUGGGCGUCUGGCUCGCCACCUCCCCCAACAUCACCGUCACGUGGACGGCCAACCGCAACGACACGCCGUCCACGGGCGGAGCGCUCUGGCUCACCUACGACGGCCGCCUGGUCUGGACGGGCCCCGCCGACGGGCAAGACAGGACCCUCGCGGUGCCACCCCGGCCGGCCGCCGCCGCCGCCAUGCGCGACGACGGCAGCUUCGUGCUCUACGACGCCAACGGCACCGUGGUCUGGUCCACCUUCGCCGCCCCCGCCGCGCCCACCGAUACCAUGCUCCCGGGCCAGGACCUCGUCCCCGGCGCGCAGCUCUUCUCCAGCGUCUCGCUCACCGACAGAGCCACGGGGAGGUACCGCCUCACCAACCAGCUCAACGACGGCAACCUCGUCCUGUACCCGGUCCAGACGGAGAACACCGCCGACGCCGCGUACUGGGCCACCGGCACGUUCCAGAUCGGCUUCCCGCUCACCCUGCGCCUCGACGCCACCGGUGUGCUCUACGUCACCGGCAACAACGGCAACUACACCAAGAACCUGACGCGGGCCGGGGCGCCGCGGUCUCCCGGCGAGACACAGGUCUUGUACCGGGUGACGCUCGACCCCGACGGGGUCCUCCGCCUGUACCGCCACGCCGUCGCGUCGGGAGGCGCGUGGACGACCGGUGUCCAGUGGAUCGGGCCGGACGACCGGUGCCACGUGAAGGGAGCGUGCGGGCUCAACAGCUACUGCGUCCUCGGCGGCGACGCGCAACCCGACUGCCGGUGCCCGCCGGGGUUCAGCUUCAUCGACGCCGCCAACGCGCCGCUCGGGUGCACCGAGACCACAAGCGCUGGUGACUGCGCCACGGCUGGUUCUGCUGCUACUGCUAGCAUGGUCCCGAUGCAGAACAUGUCGUGGGCGGACACACCGUACGGGGUGCUGGGCGCCGGCACGAGCGCCGCCGACUGCCAGGCUGCGUGCGUGGCCGACUGCCUCUGCGCCGCCGUUCUGCUCAACAGCAACGACGGCACCUGCACCAAGCAGCAGCUCCCGCUCCGAUACGGCCGCGCGGGCGGCGGGUACACUCUGUUCGUCAAGAACGCCGCGGGAAGCCCAUCGUUCGGCGGCGGCGGGGGCCGCGGCGUCGGGCGCUCGGCCACCAUCGCGCUGGUCUGCAUCGGGGUCCUGACGUUCGUGUCGCUAGCCGCGCUCGUGGCGGCGGCGCGGCUGGUCCUGACGAACCGGAGGACGACCGCGGAGCCGGACGCGGCCCUGGACGAGGAGGCACCCCUGAGGUCGUACAGCUACCAGGAGCUAGAGCACGCGACGUGGAGCUUCCGCGAGCCGCUGGGCCGCGGCGCGUUCGGCACGGUGUUCCGGGGCACGCUGCCGCACAACGGCGGCGAGAAGGCGAUCGCCGUGAAGCGGCUGGAGAAGAUGGUGGAGGAUGGGGAGGUGGAGUUCCAGCGGGAGGUGCGCGCCAUCGGGCGGACGAGCCACCGGAACCUGGUCCGGCUGCUGGGGUUCUGCCACGAGGGCGCCCACCGGCUGCUGGUGUACGAGUACAUGAGCAACGGGUCGCUGGCGGAGCGUCUGUUCAAGAACAGCAGCGGCGGACCGCCGGCGUGGGGCGAGCGGAUGGGCAUCGCGCUGGACGUCGCGCGCGGGCUGCACUACCUCCACGACGAGCUGGACAGCCGGGUGAUCCACUGCGACGUGAAGCCGCAGAACAUCCUGAUGGACGCGUCGGGGACGGCGAAGAUCGCCGACUUCGGGCUGGCCAAGCUGCUGCUCCCGGACCAGACGCGGACGUUCACGGGUGUCCGCGGCACGCGCGGGUACCUGGCCCCCGAGUGGUACCGCGGCACCGGGCCGGUGACGGUGAAGGCGGACGUGUACAGCUACGGCGUGGUGCUGCUGGAGAUCGUCACGUGCCGCCGGAGCAUGGAGCUGGAGGAGGCCGGCGAGGAGCGGACGCUCAUGGAGUGCGCGCACGAGUGGCUGGUGCGCGGCGAGGUGUGGCGGGUGGUGGGCGGCGACGAGGUCGUGGACGCCGCGGAGGUGGAGCGGGCGGUGAAGGUGGCGGUGUGGUGCGCGCAGGCGGAGCCACAGGCGAGGCCCGCCAUGAGGAGCGUCAUCCUGAUGCUGGAAGGGCUCCUGGAGGUGCCCUUCCCGCCGCCGCCGCCGGCCUCCUCCUGAUCCCCCAUUCCCGUCGGGAUGGCCGGAUGGGGAUGCGCGCGCGGCAUCACGUAGCUAUAGCUAGCUAGUUUCUUGCAUUGCAUUCCAUUGGGGACAUCCCAUCGCAUCGCAUCAGAGAUUGACAGAAUGUAGUAGUACUAACAGAUUGAGAUGUGUUCAUACUGUUAAACAUACAGCAAAACUGAAACCGGAGGCACAAUAAUAAUCAUUUAAAAAGAAACUUGAAUCAUAGAGGCCAUUUCACUUGCAAAUUGCAGGAAUUACAAAACGAAUCAUAUAUCAGAGACAUGAACACAAGAAUAAUAAACUGAUAGUAUAGUAGAAGAAGAAGAGGGGGAAGAAAAAA